AUGGUCUUGGGAGAGGACUCGCCACUGGCCAAAUCCAGACGCAACAGACAGUGGUUGGGAGUCUUUCUUAAAAACUGGACGCUCUUCUGCGCCUCCUUCGGGGGAUUUCUCAGCGUCUUGGUUCUGACUUUCGUACUGAUGCUGUGCAUAAUACUGCUGCAUAGGUACUAUCUGAAUAGCGUCUCCACAGCUUCUCUUAAAUAUGAUGUGACGGGAGGUCCUUCAGGAGACUCUUCGAACGACUCCAAUAUUGUUGUCGGUAAUUGGAUAUCGAACCCCUAUCCCAGCCUUGCUCCUACAAACAUAUUUAAUAUCCACUACCUUUCGCACUUCGACUUGGGGUCUCUUUUGUAUAGUAAUACCCUUGGGCAGUCCAAGGGCUAUUUGAGUGCUUUGGAAAAACCGUUCAAUGAUAUUUCCCUAGGCUUGGCGCUCCGCACAGAAUAUGGGACCACGUCUGUUAUACGUACCAAUCCUGCUCAUGAGCUUGUUAGCGAUAGUACCCAGAAUUACUUAGCUCUAAAAGCUAAAGUUCCAUAUUACACAAACUUUACUUCAUACUACGACAAUUACUUAUAUAUGAACUUCACUGGCCCGGGUGUUGAAUACAGCAAGGCUCCUGAUAACAUCACAGCUGCGGGCGUUUCAAACGAGGACAAGCUCUUCUACCACGCCAAGAGGACCUCUGAGCUGUACAGAGAUGCGGUCUCUAAUACGAGUAACCCUAUUUAUUACAACGACGGGAUCGUUGGUAUAAAGGUCAACGAGAUUCCAUCUUUUGGUAUUCGCUUUGGUCAGGCAGUAAGCCCCUCACCCAUUCGCAUUGCUCGAGAAUCCGACGGAGAUGUGCUUAGCAUUGAUUACUCAUAUGAUACCUUCUUCUACAGCAAGAUGCAGGCCUACUACAUUGAUCAGACGGAUCACGAUCGUCUGCUUGAAAUUCAAGUUUUGCACUUUCACCUCUGCCUUAGAAAUAUGGUCAAUCAGAUUUAUGGAGUGUCUACGUCGGCAACCGGGAGUGUUGAGGUCGACGGCCCUCUUAUCAUAGGAAAGAACGCCCCGUUCUGGCGACGUUCGACAGGUGAUUUUCUUGGCCCCGAUGGGAUGACCCCGCUGCUCCUGGGCCUGGUUAUCCCUUUGCUAAUGUUCAUUGUGAGCCCGUUGAUGAUAUUUGCUCUUGUUGAGGAGAAGUCCAGCGGAAUGGUUCAUUUACACAGCAUGAUGGGCCAGAGAUACACGAAUAGGUGGUUAGCCGACUUUACCUAUAAUUUUAUUCUAAGCUUCUGCGUAGCUGUGCUUCUUGUGAUUAUGUGCUAUGCGGGAGAUCUGAAUGGGAUACGUAUGAACACCUUUGCGGCUUGGCUGCCGAUGUUUUUGCUUUUUUCUGCUAACGUCGCUAUCUUCAGUGCAUUCAUUGCUGCCUUCUUUGAAAGUGGGCGCAUUGCCGCUCUUCUGGCCGUCGUUAUAGCAUUCGGAUACGCUGUCGGAGGCUUUCUUGGUACUGCCAACUUCGCCUCAACAACGAUAAUUGACAGGAGCAUUAGCCCUUGGUUUGCUCUCAUUCCCUUCUUUGGGCCAAUCAGUGUACAUUCACAGCUGCAGAGCUUGGCGAUUCUUCAAACUGAUUCUCUUUACUUACACAUUACAGAUCUUCGCUUUUACGUUUAUGACUCGCUGCUGUCGCGGGCAUAUGUGGGUCAGUCUGUUUCCAUUUCACUAAUUUUGAGCGUUAUUUCCACGGUCCUUAUGGCACUGCUUUCUAUGUACAUUGAUCUGGUAAUGCCAAAGAAAACGGGAAUACCAAACCACUGGCUCUUUUUCCUUCUUCCGGUGGUCAAUAAGGUGGACAAGCUACGUGGCAGAAGGACGAAGCACAUCACAACAGGGUCCAUCUGUAAAGCGGUCACAUGGGCACUUGUGCAUCCAGACCGUAUGUGCUGUUCUCAGCGCAGAAACACCCACAUUAGCCUCAUGGACUCAACAGACUUUAAGCCAUACAUUCCUGAGUCAGAGCGCAGUAAGGAAGAGCACGUUCCGGGUCAUUUAUUGAGCACUGCAGUGGAUCCUUUGUCUCCUAAUGGUGGUAGAUUCGAAUCCAGUACACAGGUUACUUCAAAUGCGAUGUCAAUAGACCAUUUGAAGACAAUCAAGAGCACAACACACAUAGACUGUAUUUCGGAAUCCGACGUGUCUGCAGAAAGCAAGCGGGCUAAGUGUGCAACAAAAGGCUUUAAUGAGAGACCUGUUUUGAUCCGCGCGAUAGACCUGACGAAGACGUACCCCGCGACGCGGCUCUCGCCCGAGAAGCACGCGGUCCGGGGCGUCUCCUUCACGGUCGCAGAGGGCGAGUGCCUCGGGCUCCUGGGCCCGAACGGCGCCGCCAAGACGACGACGAUCAACAUCCUCACGAUGCUCCACCGCGCGACGACCGGCGAGGCGUAUGUUUUGGACAAAAGCUUAGUUGACCCCUAUAAUAAGGCUUACAUUCAAUCUGUUACAGGCAUCUGUCCACAGUUUGACAUCCUUUACCCUACUCUCACGUGCAGGCAGCAUUUAAAGUAUUCCUGUCGUCUAAAGAACAUUGCCAAGGAAGACGAGAAAACUCAUAUUGAUGAACUUCUAGAGUCUGUGGGGCUGGUGGAAAAGGCCAACAGCAAGGUCAAAUCGUUAUCCGGUGGCCAGAAGCGUCGGCUAUCUGUCGCAAUAGCACUUACGGGGUCGCCGUCUGUCCUUUACUUAGAUGAGCCCAGCACAGGCCUGGAUCCUGUGUCAAAGAGGCUCCUCUGGAACAUCAUUCUGAGGAUACGUUCACAUCGCGCCAUUCUGCUCACCACACACGCUAUGGAUGAGGCACAGGCCUUAUGUAACCGGAUAGCUAUCAUGGACCGUGGGCUGUUAAAGUGCAUUGGAAAGUGCACUUACCUCCAGGAAAGGUAUGGAGGAGCACUGCAAAUUAUGGUGGAGGUCACCCAUGAUUCAAAGCCGGGGUCUGGUGUAACGGUUAACGGGGUGUCACUUAAUUACGAAUUAGAAGAGAUGGGCCACAAACUUAUGGAGGAAACCUUCGGGAGCAGUGUGCUGCUGCGUAACAAUGUUGCAGGAACGCUCACUUAUGAUGUUUCCGAUAAGCUGACUGCUCCACAUGCAUUCAUUGAAAUGGCGAAGCUUGCUCGCACGCAAAAGAAGGUUAUUUGUGAUUGGUCUCUGCUGCAGGCCUCACUAGAUAGAGUGUUUUUCAACGUUAUUCUUUCCUCCUAA